AUGAGUUGGGGCUGGCAUAAACUUAUUCAAUUAAGGCCAUCCAUUCGGCAACUCUUAUGGUCCAAAAUAGGUGAUGGUGCCUCAACCUUUGUGUGGUUUGAUAAAUGGGAUCAUAAUGGCCCGUUAAAUAGUGUUUUAUCAUUGAGGACCAUCUUGCGAGCUUGCUUCUCUCUCAAGGAUAAGAUCAUAGAUGUCAUUGAUAAUGGGUCUUGGAAAUGGCCGAUAGCUUGGAGGGAUUUGUAUCCGGUUUUAAAUGAUGUCCCUGUUCCAGCAAUAAAUAGUACAAAAACUGACUGUAUUGUAUGGCGAGAUGGGAACGGGGAGGAGAAGAAUUACUCGGCCUCCAAUGUUUGGGACGCAAUCCAUACUCGGGGUGAAAGGGUGGAUUGGGCUACUCUUGUGUGGAGUUCAAAAUCGAUACCUAGACAUGCAUUUUUGCUUUGGUUGGUGAUGAGGAAAAAGUUGAAAACUCAUGACAAGUUGAAACCGUGGGAUGUGGGUGGGGCUGUUAAUCUUAACCUUGUUUGUUGCUCUUUGUGUAAAACAGGCCCGGAAUCUCAUGCUCACUUGUUUUUUGAAUGUCCAUAUUCGGCGAAAGUAUGGACUUUGAUUAAAGAUGUGACGUACAUGGAGAGCUCUUCAUGCAAAUGGGAUGAUAUAGUUGCUGAUUUCUUAUGUUCUCGCAAGAAUAACUCUGCCAAAAGUGUUAUUGCUUGUCUUGUGAUCGCGGCUGCUGUCUAUUAUGUAUGGCAGGAGAGAAACAACCGUAUGUUCAGCAACCAUGCAAGACCACCUGAAAAAAUUAGAGAUAUUAUUCUGGAGACUGUUUGUUAUAGACUUGUCAAGAUGCGGUUCAAGAAUAAUGCAAGAACUUCGAACCUGUUGGCUGCUUGGAAGCUACCAAAGGCUCUGAUCAUGGAUGAUGCGUGUAACUAG